AUGUGGCGAGUAACGCUUUUGUGUUUAUUUGCGGGGACAGCUACAGCAGUUAGUGAAACUCCAAAUACUGAAGAUAUUGAAAAUUUGUAUAAAUUUGCACAAAAUAAUGGUAGAUUUUCUGACAAUAUCAUUGAAGACGCAAACUUAGACGUGGAAGGUCUAGUAAGGAAAUAUAACUAUCCGAUCGAAACUCACAGUGUGACCACGGAGGAUGGCUACAUAUUGGGGUUACAUCGGAUACCACACGGUCGUGACAGUAACAACGUGCCAGAUCCAAAUAAACCCAUAGUGUUUCUGAUGCACGGUCUUCUCUCGUCGUCAGCUGACUGGAUUCUUAUGGGACCAGGUUCCGGAUUUGCUUACAUUCUCGCCGAAGAAGGUUACGAUGUCUGGUUGGGUAAUGCUCGUGGCAACUAUUAUUCUCGUAAACAUGUUCGCUUCAACCCGGAUUCGAUAUUAAGCAAUAGAUUCUGGAAGUUCUCAUGGGACGAGAUAGGAAACAUUGAUCUGCCAGCUAUGAUUGACUAUGCGCUCGCUCACACUGGACGCAGUAAACUCCACUAUAUCGGCCACUCUCAGGGUACCACAACAUUCUUCGUGUUAGGAGCUCUACGCCCGGAAUAUAAUGACAAGAUUAUAUCUAUGCAUGCGUUUGCCCCGAAUGCUUUUAUGGCUAGCAACAGGAAUCCUCUUUUGUUAAUGAUAUCCCCAUUUGCCACUAGUCUUGAGAAAGUAGCAUCUGUAUUCGGACUUGGAGAAUUCAUGCCUAACACUAACAUUAUGACCUGGGCUGGACAGGCUUUGUGUAUGGACGAAGCGCUAUUCCAGCCUGUGUGCAGCAAUAUUUUAUACCUGAUAGGUGGAUGGAGUGUAUCGGAACAGAAUGCUACUAUGAUUCCUGUUAAAAUGGGCCACACUCCAGCUGGUGCGGCUGUGAGGCAGUUCGUCCACUACGCUCAAGGGAUCGCCAGUAAGCGUUUCCGGCGCUACGACCAGGGCAGCAUGAGGGCCAACAGGCGGUUAUACGGCACCCGCAGUCCACCAGAAUACGACCUCUCUAAAAUCACAACACCGGUAUUUCUGCACUAUGCAGACAAUGACCCCAUGGCUCAUGUUAAUGACGUUGAUAGGUUGUUCAAGGAGCUUGGUAGACCAGCUGGGAAAUUCAGGAUUCCAUUAUCAACGUUUGGACAUUUAGAUUUCAUAUGGGGCAUCAACGCUAAAACACUUCUGUUUGAUCGGGUAAUUAAUCUGCUUAAAGCAAUGGAUGUUAAUAGCUUGGAUGGAGUCGAGGGAGAAAUUUAA